AUGCAGGAUAUCAUUCUCCAAAUUAUUGGCGAUAUUGGUGUGGCGGGCGCUACUUACCGCUCCAUGGAGUUCGCAGGUUCAGCUUUGGGCCAACUCUCCAUGGAAGAACGGCAAACUCUGUGCAACAUGGCAAUCGAAGCCGGAGGGAAAAAUGGAGUGAUUCCUGCAGAUGACGUCACUACGGCGUACGUGAACGCCAGGAACGCAGGGAAUAAGCCAUACGAAAUAUUCAAGGCCGAUCCCAACGCCAAGUACUUCUCGAAGAAAAGGUACGACAUGAGCAACCUUGAGCCUGUUGUGGCCAAGCCCCACUCUCCAGACAACAAGGCUUUGGCCAAGGACUGCCGCGGUACUAAAAUCGACCGCGUCUACAUUGGCUCUUGCACUGGAGGGAAGACCGAGGAUUUUGCUGCUGCAGCGCGGAUACUCCAAAACCAAAAGGUUCGGGUACCGACUUUUCUGGUGCCUGCUACUCAGAAGGUGUACAACGAUAUCCAGACGUUGAAGAUCGGUGGACGAACGCUGGCAUCAAUUUUCCGCGAGGCCGGGUGCUUGGAACCUGCUUCUCCUUCCUGCGCUGCAUGCCUAGGGGGGCCAGCUGACACGUACGCCCGCAUGAACCAGCCUUUCCAAUGCGUCUCCACCACCAACCGCAACUUCCCUGGACGCAUGGGACACAAGGACGCUGGCAUCUACCUGGCAUCACCCUACACGGCUGCGGCAUCGGCCAUCACGGGUUAUGUGACAGACCCUCGCGAGGUGUUCGCGUUCGAUCAGGACAAGCGUUGGGCCAUUGAGGAUAUUUUGACCGACAGUGCCCGUGUGGAGGGCCAGGAGAUGCAUCUUGCUUGAUUGUGACUAACCCGAAAUACGGGAUCGGGGCAAAAUGAUAGGGUACUGGUGGAGAAUAACCCACGGCGAUCAGGUUGUCUUUUGAUGUCGUCGACGAUUUCCACCAUGUCAAUGCGUGUUGACCUCUGUGAAUGUAUUUCCU